AUGCGCAUUGAAAAAUGCUACUUCUGCUCUUCUCCGAUCUACCCGGGACAUGGAAUUCAAUUCGUCAGAAACGAUAGCACAGUGUUCAAAUUCUGCCGCUCCAGAUGCAACAAAUUGUUCAAAAAGAAGAAGAACCCAAGAAAGCUUCGUUUCACCAAAGCUUCGCGUCGUGCUCGCGGAAAGGAGCUCAUCAACGACGCUACACAACUUUUGGAACAGCGCAGAGAUGAGCCAGUGAAGUAUGAGAGAGCUCUGUUCCAGAAGACAAUUGAAGCUGCUAAAACUAUUUCCGCAUUAAAAACAAAGAGAUAUGGAAAUUUGAUCCGAAAACGCUUGCAACCAGGAAAGAUCGUACAGAAGAAGGGACUCCUCGCGAAAGUCGACAAGAAGAUGCAUCUUAUCAGAGCGCCAGUGGCCAACAAAAACACAGUCAAAACGAGAGCAGCAACAAAGGAGAAGAAGACUGCCGAAGCUAUGGAGACCAAUUGA